AUGCGCAAGGUAGUAGAAGACCAAAAGGCUGGCCUGGAAUUCUUGCAAAAGUCUAACGUCAUUGUAGACGCCGCGCUGGAGGAGGAAGCUGAGCAAUUGCAAACCGCUCAUGGCAUUCUAGACGAUUUGGAUGGCCGCCUGGGGCAAGCUAUUGCUCUUUGGCGCCAACUGCCCAUUUCUGAGAAAGAGCAGAAAGCAUUGCCUUGGCCUCAAUUCCCUGAACCAAAUCCGAAACAGGAAUCACGGAAAGCACCCGUCAAAAAAAUCAAGAUCCGCGCUCGCCCGACACGAGCUAUACCUAGCCUGACGGACCCGGCCGUGGGUUCUGAAGCCCGAUAUAUACAGCAGUGGAAAGAGUGGACCGAGGCACGGACGGUCCCCUUUUUAGCAGCGAUUCAUCGGCCUAAAGGGGUGGCAUGGUGGAUGCAAGACAAGGACCACUACGCCUUGUGCCAGCCUUUGGAGCAAGCUCAGCUUGAGAGCUCUGCGAAUGCCGCCCAGGUUAGACGGACAUAUGUACCGCCGCCUGCUGCGCCUGCCACUGCACCUAAGCUUGCCACUGCACCUGAGCCGGUAUCGACAUACUCGCACUCUUUUACUCAGCAGAAGAACCUUCGGCCGGGGAAUAUCUGGACUGACCCGCCGCGGUAUCCGAUACCCAAAUCUGAGCUGGAACCAGUGUCUCCCAAAACAGUGCCGAGGGACAUAAGAGUGAAUAGUCUAGGAAGGGCUGUAGCGGCCAAAGCCGUCGAGCGAUCAGUGGCGGCGGGGCUUCAAGUAGGCGGCACAUGCCCGUCUUCGUACUUCCCUCAGGCAAAGAAGCAAGACUUUAGAGCCUUCACGUCGGAUAACUCGAGAAGAUACUGA